AUGGAGUUUCUGCGGAUGGCGGAAUUAAUGAUCCUCUGGUUAAGAAUCCGAAGCACCCGUGUGGCACUUGUGGGUGGAAACCACACCGCCGCCAGAUCUGCAAAGCAAUCUGUUCUUGGUCGAUUUGAGAUGGAAUUGGCUUGUGGGUAUCAACGCUUGAACCGAAUUAAGGCCAAAGGGUUGAAAGGUGAGGCGAUGGGAUUCAAUUCCAACACCCUCUUGGUCAUUCGCCUGCCCAAGACGCAGGCUCUCAGAGUUUUGUCUCGAUCUCUCUUUCUCGCCGUCUUGCUCUGGGCAUUGCCGUCGAUUGGGUCCAUUUUGACGGGGCCUCAAGCUUCUUUCACCGAUCUGUUCGAAGCGAAUUCGGUUGGUUUCAAUUGGGUUUCGGUGCUUUUUCACGACUUGGCCCAGCAAGGCCUGCUCAAGGAAGGCGAAAUGGCUCUGGUUUUGGGAUCUAAUUCGAUGGAUUUUUCGGGUUUUUUUAACGCGAACGAGAUUUAUUUCGCUACCGAAUCUGACCUGGAUGCCGAGAUGUCUUCGAUCCCGGAUCAAAGAUUUGAUUUCGUGUUCUCAUUGGACUCUGGAACUGCAGAUCUGGUGGAUCGGGUUCUGAAAAUUGGCGGCGUUUUGGUUAUGCAGCUGAGCAAUGAUCCUUCUGAUGCUUUCCAACAGCACUCGAAUUACAGAAUUGCGUACAUUCGGCGAUUCGACUCCACCAUUGUUGCAAUGAGGAAGACUGGUUUGGCGGAUGAGUUGGUGCUUUCUCCAAGAAAGCUGCGAAAAUGUGGCAGUUUAAUGGAAGGAAGGAGGGCAGCUUUGAAGGGUUUGGAAGAUGUAUUACUCGAGCCACCGCGCAGAGAAAUGCAGGGAAAGAUGAGAACCAAGUUCUUGCCGGAUUUAUCUGGAGAUUCCCUCCAGAGUUAUAGCCGGAGAGUUUUCAUCACAGAUGACAAUGCCGGUUCUGUACAAUGGUUUUAUCACAAUUAUCCCACGAGGGAUCAGUAUUUUGAGGUUUUCAAUUUGGACAUCAAGGUUUAUGACGUGGAGAAAGCAAACGAAUUGGCCUUAAGCAGAAGGAUGCCAAUGAUGGUGUCGGAUUGGUUGACAAAGAAUGUCAGGGAGGAGGACUUUGUUGUGAUGAAAGCUGAAGCACAAGUUGUGGAAGAGAUGAUAAGGGAGAAGACGAUUUGUUUGGUGGACGAACUGUUUUUGGAGUGCAAUAACAAAGGGCAUGUUGGUAAUGAAGGUAAAAGAGCGUAUUGGGAGUGCUUGGCAUUGUAUGGAAGGCUGAGAGAUGAGGGGGUUGCUGUGCAUCAGUGGUGGGGGUGA